AUGUCGAACGCCGUGGCGAAUGGGCUGGCAGGAGCUGGAGGUGGCAUGAUUGCCCAGAUUAUCACUUAUCCCCUCCAAACAGUCAAUACGCGCCAACAAACCGAGAGAGUUGCCAAGAAAUCCUUAGCUAACUCCAAACGCCUUGGGACUCUCGUUCAAAUCCUCCAGGUUAUACGAAGCGACGGUUGGGGAGGACUAUACAGCGGCCUUAAGCCUUCUCUGCUUGGGACUGCCGCUUCACAGGGCAUCUAUUACUAUUUUUAUCAGGUUUUCAAAAACAAGGCUGAGGCCAUUGCAGUUGCCCGGAAAGCAAAAGGACAUGGGGAUGGUACUGUUGGGAUGUUUUCUUGGCUUCUUGUGGCAGCUUUAGCUGGUUCCCUGAACGUGUUGCUGACAAAUCCUAUAUGGGUUCUUGUGACUCGUAUGCAGACACAUACGCAAGCUGAGAGAAAAAUUAUGGAGGAAAGAAAGGAAGCACUCUUAAAGGAAGCUUCUGAAAACUGUUUGACAGGUUCAGAAUUGCAAGUUAAAUUGGCUGAACUUGAUUCAAUAAAACCUCAUCCCUAUGGAACUUGGCAAGCGGUAAACGAGGUUUAUUCUGAAGCCAAGAUUACCGGAUUUUGGAAAGGGAUUGUCCCAACGCUUAUAAUGGUUUGCAACCCAGCAAUACAGUUCAUGAUUUAUGAGAGCUCCUUGAAGCAUCUUAGGGCAAAACGUGCUGACAGAAAGCAGGGGUCAAAAAAUAUAACUGCUUUGGAGGUCUUCUUGUUAGGGGCCUUGGCAAAACUAGGCGCAACUAUCUCAACCUAUCCGUUGUUAGUUGUCAAGUCAAGGCUGCAAGCAAAGCAGGAGAUUGGCGGGAAUAUUUCACUAAGAUACUCAGGUACUGUUGAUGCUAUAAGGAAGAUGAUCCAGUAUGAAGGAUUGCCUGGGUUUUACAAAGGGAUGAGCACAAAGAUAGCACAGAGUGUUUUUGCGGCUUCUGUACUUUUUAUGGUUAAGGAGGAACUCCUCAAGAUUUAUACGUUGCUGGCGGAUAAGUGCAAUAAAGUUCUGCUUAGUUCAGCAAAAUAA